UGUCAAACAAACGUCAUUUAAGAAAGUAAAUAAUGAAGAAUAAUAAGAACAUUAUUUAUAAAUAAGAAAAGAUAUACUCUGAAUUAAAUAUGUACCACAACACAUAAAUCAUAAUCGUUGAAUAUCAUAUAUGAUAAAUUCCAUUUUAUAGUUACUUGAAUGAGGCUGUUUAUUCGAUUAAUACUGUUGAUUAAAGCAACGCACACUGCUGUUUGUCUUAGUAAAAAUAUUUUACAAUGAGUUUGCGUUCAUUGUCUAAAGGGAGAUUUCUAAUCUCAAUUUUAAUAUUUAUAUUCUUUCUCUGGAUUGCUUAUUUAUAUUUGAAUAGUCUACAGUUAGAUUAUAAUAGUACUGAAUCUGGAAACCGUUGUAUGUCUGAACUGUCAUCAAUAAAAUAUCAACUAAAUGUUGUUACAGAAUACAAGAACCGUAUCGAUAGAUUGUUAACAGAGACUCAAAAAGCCCGGGAAGCAGAUAAGGAGAGGUACAAAGAUAUAUUAGAAAGUUGUGGAGCAAUGAAACAACACAUAGCAAUAUGUCAGAGUCAAUUUGAAGAUCUACUAAGUGAAUGCAAAAGAGUUAAGGAGGAUUAUGACAAAUUGAGGAAAGAUACAGAAAAGGUCAAAACAUCUUGAUGAUUUGAUCUUUUUUUAUUUAUCAUUUAAAUAAAAUAAUUAAUUUGUAAGUUAUAUUAAUAACCCUGAAAAUGGAUGUAUUGUACAAAUAAUUCUAUUAAUAAUAAGAACACAGUGAAUAUUUUGGCUGUGAGAAGAAACGGUUAUACAAGUAAGAAAUAUGUAUUUUUGUAUUUAAAAUAAAAAAGUAAUUUAAAAUAUAUUUUAAAAGUCAUUUU